CGGGCCAAGACCUUUAUUAAGGGACAUCCACCUUAUCAGCACCUUAUACACAUUAAUAGAGGAAUUGUCUGUUCUACACAGCAACAAACAAGCUCCUAACCCAAAUCGCGAUUGUUUAACGAGACUCGGCUUUACGACAUAAGGACACUGAAUUAUCCUUCUAGCAGUCUUAGUGGUUGCGACUGGUCCUUUAUACUUCACUGACCUGUAGACAACCUAUCAGUUACACUCGUGUGCAAAGUCUACAACCCAUGCUUUCUCGAGUCUUUCAAGCUGCGGCCCUUGCCGAACGCGUUCUUAGCGGCUCACUUGCGCAAACAACAUCGCAUACGGUUGCGUGCACAAUAGUUUCAUCCGCGGCGCUGCUUGCUGGGCAACGUCACGCCUUCCGCACCCUGCCAUCCGUGUUCGCGGCAUACAGCUCAGCAGCUGCACAGGAGGCUUCUGGGCUAAUAAUUCAUCCCUCGGCAGCUGCGCGGCUUCGUGAGCUCGCCGCGGAGAAGCCCGCCGGGUCCCCGCUGGCCCUGCGCAUCGAGGUGGAGGGCGGCGGCUGCUCCGGUUUCCAGUACAAAUUCAAAUUGGACGAGCAACCCAUCAAGGAGGACGACAUUGUGUUUGAGUCGGAGGGCGGGCGGGUGGUGUGUGACGUCAUCUCGCUGGAGUUCCUCCGUGGCGCCACCCUGGAGUUCGAGGACACCCUCAUGCGGGCGGCGUUCUCGAUUAGCAAGAACCCCAAUGCGGAGGCCUCCUGCGGCUGCGGCAGCUCCUUCGCUGCCAAGUUGAAAUGAGGCGUCCCAAGGAGCGGGAAGGAAGUGCGGGGUGUGGAUGGUUCCGGCAUGGUUGCGGCUACAGCGGCGGCAGCAGCAGCAGCAGAGAUGAUGGUGUUGAUUCCUCUUCCGGGACCCCUUCCAGGACAUCUACUGCCACCUCUACCAGGCGAAUGCUGCUGCGGACUGAGUCGCUGUGUCUGUUUUCUUGUUGUGGUGCUCCAGGGUGGUCGGCUGUCCGGAGGUGAACGUGGUUUGAAGGUGCAAGAGGCCUGCGUGUGCGGGGGUGCAGGGCGCAUGGGUACCGGUACAAUAGAGGGAACAGAUGUCGCGGAUGUGAGGGUGAG